AUCACAACUCACUAAACAAAAAUGCAGUAAAGAGUUGAAGAAGCCUAGUGAGUUCUUAGUGUGAAAAAAAUUAAAGAUGGAGGGUAAGGAAGAAGAUGUGAAGCUAGGAGCCAACAAGUUCAACGAGAGGCAGCCAAUAGGAACAGCAGCUCAGAGCCAGGAUAAAGAUUACAAGGAGCCACCUCCGUCGCCGCUGUUCGAGGCUUCUGAGCUCAGCUCCUGGUCCUUUUACAGAGCUGGGAUAGCGGAGUUCAUUGCCACUUUUCUGUUCUUGUACAUAACUGUUUUGACGGUCAUGGGCGUCUCCAAGGCUCCCAACAAGUGCGCUUCCGUGGGUAUUCAAGGCAUUGCGUGGGCUUUCGGUGGCAUGAUCUUUGCUCUUGUUUAUUGCACUGCCGGCAUCUCUGGGGGACACAUUAACCCAGCGGUGACAUUUGGGUUGUUUCUGGGGAGGAAGUUGACUGUGACCAGAGCUGUGUACUACAUGGUGAUGCAAUGUUUGGGUGCCAUCUGUGGGGCUGGAGUGGUAAAAGGCUUUGAAGGAAAGCGAGUGUUUACUGAUAAAGGUGGAGGUGCUAAUGUAGUUGCUCAUGGUUAUACCAAGGGUGAUGGUCUUGGUGCGGAGAUUGUCGGAACAUUUGUUCUUGUUUACACCGUCUUCUCCGCCACUGAUGCCAAGCGCAGCGCCAGAGAUUCUCACGUCCCUAUUUUGGCACCAUUGCCUAUCGGCUUCGCGGUGUUUUUGGUACACUUGGCCACUAUUCCCAUCACUGGCACCGGAAUCAAUCCUGCAAGGAGUUUGGGUGCAGCCAUCGUCUUUAACAAGGACGUCGCGUGGCACGACCAUUGGAUUUUCUGGGUAGGACCAUUCAUCGGAGCAGCACUGGCAGCACUGUACCACGUAGUUGUGAUCAGAGCAAUUCCGUUCAAGUCCAAGUGAACUAAUUGUUUCACGAAUGCGCCCAAAUUUAGCUGGAUCUUGAGUCUGUGUAGUUUGUUUCUGUUUGUACAUUUAUGUUUGCAAUUAUUUGGAAGUUAAUUUGUGUGGGUAUCCAGGCCAGCGCAGAAGCUAUGGGAAAGUGACAUCCAUGUUAUGUUAUUCGGAGUGGAAUCAGUGAUGUAAUAAUCCUUGUGGUUUUGUGUGGGUGGAUAUUGCAAGCAAGAAUGCGAAUUGUGAUUACAAAUAAUGCAAUGUACCAAACCCUUGCUACC